AUGACCCAGACACAGUGUCUGUUGGAACUGAAGCUGCUGCUUCUUGGCUUGUCUCUCUCAGUAAAGUGGAGGAGGGAAAUGAAGGUAGUUUAAACGGUUUUUAUCUCUGUUGGAUCCCUGUCAGUAGGGGAGGAGGAGGUGGAGAGCAAUGACCUGAACAUAGCAAAUCCUGUUGCCCUCUUGCAUCACAAUUAUUUCAUUUCUGGGAGGAAGUUAGGAGCAGCAGCAGCAGCAAUAAAAGCAGCUGUUCCUGCCUUGUCUUCCAGAGGAGCAUCGACGGGCAUCUGUACCAUGACACUCCACUGCAUGUGUCUUGUUCUCUUGCUUCUUCUUGGUUCAUGGUGGCCAGACUCAAAGAACCAGAUGGUGGGAGCUGUGAAGGUCAGGGAAUACUAUAUAGCUGCUCAGAUCACUAGCUGGACCUACAGACCGGAAUCUGAGGAAAAGUCCAGACUGGAACAUUCAGAUCCUGUGUUUAAGAAAAUUUCUUACAGAGAAUAUGAAGUGGAUUUUAAAAAAGAAAAACCAGCAAAUGCAUUUGCAGGACUUCUGGGACCAACUCUGCGCGCUGAAGUGGGAGAUACUUUAGUGGUUCACCUUAAGAACAUGGCUGACAAGCCAGUCAGUAUUCAUCCUCAAGGCUUAGUGUACAGCAAAAAUGUAGAAGGCUCCCUGUAUGAUGACAGAACAUCAUCUGCAGAAAAACAAGAUGAUGCUAUAAUUCCAGGCCAGGUCUACACAUAUAUGUGGGAUAUAACAGAAGAAGUUGGUCCAAGAGAAGCUGACCUUCCUUGUCUAACUUAUGCAUAUUAUUCUCAUGAAAACAUGGCAAUGGAUUUUAAUUCUGGUCUGAUUGGAGCACUGCUUAUCUGUAAGAAAGGAAGCCUAAAUGAGGAUGGGUCACAGAAACUCUUUGACAGGGAGUAUGUCCUGAUGUUUGGUGUGUUUGAUGAAAACAAGAGUUGGCAAAGAUCAGCAUCAGUCAAGUACACGAUUAAUGGCUAUAUUAAUGGAACAUUACCAGAUUUGGAGGCUUGUGCAUAUGACAACAUUAGCUGGCAUUUGAUAGGAAUGAGUUCCAAGCCAGAAAUUUUCUCAGUUCACAUCAAUGGGCAGUCCAUGGAGCAAAGACAUCGCCGAAUUUCUACUGUUAACCUAGUGGGAGGAGCAGCAGCCACAGUAAACAUGACAGUGAGUCAGGAAGGGAGGUGGCUGAUAUCUUCUCUUGUCCAAAAGCACCUGCAAGCUGGAAUGCAUGGUUACCUCACUGUAAGAGACUGUGGGGACAAAGAGGUGAAGAAGAAUCAUCUUUCCUAUAAAGAACGCCUUAUGGUCAAAAACUGGGAAUAUUUCAUUGCUGCAGAAGAAGUUACUUGGGAUUAUGCCCCAAAUAUUCCAGAAAGCCUUGACAGACACUAUAAAGCACAGCACUUGGACAACUUCUCAAAUCUCAUAGGUAAAAAGUAUAAAAAAGCAGUUUUUAGGCAAUAUACUGAUGCCAGCUUUACCAAACGUCUGGAAAAUCUUCGUCCCAAGGAAACUGGAAUUUUGGGCCCUAUUAUUAGAGCUCAACUCAAUGACAAAGUCAAAAUUGUGUUCAAAAAUAAAGCCAGUCGACCCUACAGCAUUUAUUUCCAUGGAGUGACACUUUCAAAGGAUGCAGAAGGAGCUGAUUAUCCUCUGGAUCCCAGAAACAAUGGCACCCAGAGUAAGGGAAUUGAACCAGGGGAUACCUACACUUAUGAAUGGAAAAUUGCUAAGACGGACCAGCCCACUGCACAGGAUGCACAGUGUAUUACAAGGCUGUAUCACAGUGCUGUAGAUAUUGAGAGAGAUAUAGCCUCUGGACUAAUUGGCCCUCUGCUGAUUUGUAAAAGUGAAGCACUGACACAGAAGGGUGUACAGAAAAAAGCAGAUGGGGAGCAGCAGGCAAUGUUUGCUGUGUUUGAUGAAAAUAAGAGCUGGUACAUAGAGGAUAACAUCAAGGACUACUGCAGCAACCCUGCCAGUGUUAAAAGGGAUGAUCCCAAGUUCUAUAACUCGAACAUAAUGCACACAAUAAAUGGAUAUGUGUCUGACAGCAGUGAAAUCCUUGGAUUUUGCCAGGAUAGUGUGGUUCAGUGGCACUUCUCAAGCGUUGGCACUCAUGAUGAGAUUGUCUCUGUUCGCCUCUCUGGGCACUCUUUUCUGUUUCAAGGGAAAUAUGAGGAUGUGUUGAAUCUUUUCCCAAUGAGUGGAGAAUCAGUCACAGUGGAAAUGGACAAUGUUGGUACUUGGCUUUUAGCAUCGUGGGGUACCCCGGAGAUGAGCUACGGCAUGAGGCUGAGAUUCAGAGAUGCCAAAUGUGACUAUGAGGAAGAUGAUACGUUUGAUGUUGUGGAUUUUACUUACACCAAGACUGAUAAAAAGGCUGUUUCUGCCUCACUUGAAGAAGAUGUACAAGAAGAAGGAGAUAAGGAGGAUUUGGAUUAUCAGGAUUACCUGGCUUCUUUUUACUCCAUCCGAAGCUUGAGGAACGCAACAGGCAACGAUGAAAACCAAAACCUUACAGCUCUGGCCUGGGAACAGUAUGAAGGCAUUGAUGCCACGAGUUCUGAGGUGGCAGCUGGCUCAGGUCAGACAGCUAUAAAUAGCAGUGAAUCCACAAACACCUAUAAGUUCUUAGAAACUGGUAUCACUCCUCUUCCCCGAAUCGAGGCUGAAACAUUCCCGUCAAAUCACACAUCAGUCACAGCAGAAGAGGAUUUAUUUUUAGCUAGCACAAGUGAUGGAAAGGCCGACUUGCUAUUUGAGAAUAAAAGCCAAAGCAAUUAUAAAAUAGAUCACAGCAACGUGUCUGCAGGUGAACACAGGCUGAGAAAUGGGAAAGGCCAAAUGAAUGUUGCAGAAGAGCUUCCAAAUGGUGAAAAGGGCAGUACGUUACUUUCAGAAGAACAUCAAGAGGAAAACACAGGAAGAGGAAAUUAUACCAUUAGCAGAAAAAGGAGAAGCUCACUGGCCAUUAAGUUUUAUGCUGUCCAAAAGAUGAAUGCCCUUCUAAAUGAUGUACGAAAUAGAAAUGUCUCAUUUUCUGCCAAGGCAAAUGCACCUGGUUUUGUGCAUCAUGCAGAGAACACAUCUGAUAUAGCAGUGGUGGGAACUGGCCAGCUUCCAAGUGAUUAUGAUGACGAACUGGAAGAGGAGGAAAACAAGAUGGAAAAUACCAUGCAUGCAGUUAACUUGACACUUGCUUUGGACCUCAUUGUAGGAAAUGGGUCUAACGCAUCCAGCCUCUCUGAACCCAAGCUAUCCAGAGAUGAACAAGCAGAAACCUCUUCUUUAGAUGACACAUUAGGCAAUACAAGCCCUAAUUCCAGUCCUGCACUAGUGAAGAACUUACUGGAAGCAUCCUUGCCCAGGGUUGGAAAAUAUUCAUCUAAAAUGACAAAUGAGGAGUGGAACUUGGUGUCUGCAAAGGAGAGUCUGGGAUUAGAGGCAAAUUUAGAUAAAUCUGUUACUGAUAAGUUAAAUCAUCGUGGUGGAAAUGGUACAGUAUUCAUAAAUAAAAAGCAUAUGAAGAAGUAUCAAGUUUUCUCACAUCAAAUGGAAGAAAAACAGACAGGGAGCCAUAUAUACCCAGCUCUGAAAGGAAAGGAGGAGAACAAGAACAAUACUUCAAACACAACUGGAACCUUCAUCAAGAUCCGAAGGAAAAAGGAAUAUCCAAAAAUGACCCACAUACUGAGCCCAAGAAGUAAAAAGCCUCAAAAAAUCAAUUCAGUGCCAGAGUUUGGCCGUACAGUGUUUCUGGGUGAGACCAAUCACAAGACAGUGCCGUGUUGCCCUAAUGCCACAGGGGUACCCAGUGAAGCCAACCAUACAGUGGGUCUGAGUAGGGUCAAGCAUGGAGACUCACUGAAUUACACACUCACACCCCGGCAGUUUAAGCCAUCAGUCACCAUUGGCCUUCCCCAAGAAAAUGGAGACUAUGAGUAUGUUACAGGAGGAUUUUACAAUGAGGAAACAUCAGGCAGUGAAUAUGAAUAUGAGUAUGUGACCUUUGAUGACCCCUACAUGACAGACCCAAAAGUGAAUAUUAAGGAACAACGUAACCCAAACAACAUUGCUGAACACUACCUGCGUAGCAAAGGGAACGAGAGAAGAUAUUUUAUUGCAGCUAAAGAAGUCUGCUGGAACUACGCAGGAUAUAAAAAAAGUACAAUGAUGGAUGACAAAACCUGUAAAGAUGGCACUGCAUAUAAGGUGAUUUUCCAAAGCUAUACAGACAGUACCUUUACAACUCUUCAGGAUGAAGAUGAAUAUGAAGAACACCUUGGCAUCCUGGGGCCAGUUAUCCGGGCUGAAGUGGACGAUGUUAUCCUAGUUCAUUUUAAGAAUCUGGCAUCCAGACCAUAUUCCCUUCAUGCCCAUGGACUCUUCUAUGAAAAGUCCUCUGAGGGGAGCAUUUAUGAUGAUGAAUCUACUGCUUGGUUUAAGGAAGAUGACAAAGUCCAGCCAAAUAGCAGCUAUAUAUAUGUAUGGUAUGCAAACAGGCGAUCAGGGCCUGUGCAGUCAGGAGCAGCUUGUCGGUCCUGGGUCUACUACUCUGAUAUAAAUCUGGAGAAAGAUAUUCACUCUGGUUUGAUUGGGCCAAUACUCAUUUGUCAAAAAGGAACCUUCCGUAAGUCCAGCAACAGCAGAACAUCAACCCGAGACUUUUUCUUGCUUUUUAUGGUCUUUGAUGAAGAGAAAAGCUGGUACUUUGACAAACAUUCUAGAAGUCCCUGCACUGAGAAGACCCAAGAAAUGCAGCAAUGCCACAAGUUCUAUGCUAUUAAUGGGAUUACUCACAAUUUGCAAGGCUUGAGGAUGUAUGAAGGUGAACUGGUCCGAUGGCAUUUGCUGAAUAUGGGAGGGCCAAAAGACAUUCAUGUUGUUCAUUUUCAUGGACAGACUUUCAUAGAACAAGGAGAGCCAAAGCAUCAGCUUGGUACAUACACACUUCUUCCAGGCUCAUUUAGAACAAUUGAAAUGAAACCACAGAGACCUGGCUGGUGGCUUUUAGACACUGAAGUGGGGGAGUAUCAGCAAGCAGGAAUGAAGGCAUCCUAUAUGGUUAUAGAGAAAGAGUGCAGAAUUCCCAUGGGUCUAGCAAGUGGAGUUGUACUAGAUUCACAAAUCGAGGCAUCAGAUCAUAUAGACUAUUGGGAACCUAAAUUAGCCCGGCUAAAUAAUUCUGGAACAUACAAUGCUUGGAGCACUACAACAAAAACAGAAUUCCCUUGGAUCCAGGUGGACUUUCAAAGACAAGUUCUGUUAACUGGGAUACAGACACAGGGAGCCAAGCAGUUUUUAAAGUCCUUGUACAUCGAGAAUUUCUUCAUUGUUUACAGCAAAGACAAGCGGAAGUGGAGCACCUUCAAAGGAGACAGCUCCCCAGCACACAAGCUUUUUGAAGGUAAUUCCGAUGCCUAUGGGAUAAAAGAGAACAUCAUUGAUCCCCCUAUUAUUGCUAGGUACCUCAGAGUUUACCCAACCAAGGCCUACAACAGACCAACUCUUCGCAUGGAGCUCCUGGGCUGUGAAGCAGAUGGUUGUUCUUUGCCGCUUGGAAUGCAAAAUGGAGAGAUCAAGAAUAGCCAGAUAACAGCCUCAUCUGUUAAGACAUCCUGGUUUAACACAUGGAGCCCCUCACUUGCUCGUCUCAGUAAGGAAGGAAAGGUUAAUGCCUGGCGACCCAAGUUGAACAACAAGCAACAGUGGCUGCAAAUUGAUCUCCUCACAAUUAAGAAGAUAACUGCUAUUGCCACCCAGGGAGUCAAGUCCAUAUCUUCUGAAAACUUUGUGAAAACCUAUCUUGUCCUGUACAGUGAUGAAGGCUCAGAGUGGAAAUCCUACACAGAUGGUUCAAGCUCAGUGGCAAAGGUUUUCAUGGGUAAUGAAAACAGCAUUGGUCAUGUCAAGCAUUUCUUUAACCCCCCCAUCCUGGCCAGGUUUAUCCGCAUUGUGCCAAGAACGUGGUAUAAUGGGAUUGCUCUUCGGGCAGAACUCUAUGGCUGUGAUUUUGGUGGGGGCUUCACUGUGAGAAGGACUGAUGCACCUGGGUACUCUUAACCUUUCAGCAGUUAUCAUGCAGAACAGCUUUUAUUUCCUGUUAAAUGCUUAAAACAAUCAUACUUAGUAGUUCAGAUGUGUGCUUCCCCAAGGGACUUCAAUGUUUGCCAGCAAGAAUUGAGAGGUUCCUCUGGCAGAUGUUUCAUUCCUACAAAUACACACUUUAGAAAACAAAUACUUUUCUCUGGGAAGAAAUAGCAUUCCAUUCUGAUUUGUAGUAUCACUUCGCCAUUCUAACCAGUACUGUGUCUUACAUUUCACAUAAUUUUAAGUUCUAAUUCCCUAGGAAUGAAGACUCUGGCCUUAAUCCUAAACCCUGAUUAUUUCUGGGUUUUAAUACUUCUGCAGCACAUAGGAGGAAUAGAAAGCUACAGCAGGCAGAUAGGGCUGAGAGGGAAACCCAGUGCCCAUUUGGAGCUGUGGUGCUGCAUUCCAGCAAUGCCUCGAUAAGAAAUGAUUGUAGGGGUGGCCUCACCUCCAGGUGUCUUUCAUCUACAUGACAACAAAGGUCAAUCACAUCUCGUCAUUGAGGUGUGUUAAACACCUUCUUGGAGAAUGUGUGUUCACAUUAUUGAUUUGUUUUUUACAUACAUAGCACAGCACACCUGAAAUAUUGUGCAUUUCACAUAAUUCAUCUUCGGUGACCUGACAAGUGGAGGGGGAGUCAGCAAUAUCUUUCCCAGAAAUGAGAAGGGAAAUGAUUUACCUUGGUUAUGGCAGGUCAUGUAAUGGCAAAGUGAGAAUCUAGAACUCCAGACAUUUAAUCCCACACAAAUUUUUAGAUCAUGGGGAGAGGGAGCUCCCUCGAGAAGAGGGGCAUUGAGAACAGUGGCUGUUCAGUGAGAGUACAGCCUGGUGGCAGCAGAGAGGAGGAUAAGAUGAAACUGAGUAGUGGAAGCACCUGCAUCUUCUUUACCAUUUAAUUUAGUUCAGUGUUUUCACUAACGAAACUACUCUUGUGCAUAGAGCAUACACAGAUCUUUUCCCAGGAUCACUAGUGAAAAUAUAUGCACAGUGCAUGAGCUCAUUAUUCCAGCAGAGUUUUAGCUAAGGCAUCAGUAGCAUUUUUGGUUUCGAUCCUGUAAAUGAUCUAAUUGCAGAACUUCCAUUUAUCACACUGGGAUACCAUUCAUCAGGGUGGAUUUUUCAAAGUAGUUUGUCUUUGAAUCUUGUUAUGGUGUUAUCCAAGUUACUAUUAUAUGCAUUACAAAAUGAAGGUAUAGAAUUGGAGUGAAAAAAGUAUAAAAACUAUUUUUGUUCUUUUUUAUUAUGUCACAAACGGUUGUCAUUUUUCACCCAAAAAUAAAGAUAAUAUUGUAGCAUGAAAAACAUAAUUUUAUUUUGUAUAUUUGCUUUGACAGUAGUACCCCUUUACCAAUAAGUGGUGACAUUUUGCAUAAUGAAAGUAAAAUUUUCAGCUAGAUGGGAAUUUUCAGUGCUGGUUAGGAUUCAUUUCAAAUGGUGAAACUGAAUAACUGCUUCAUAUUAAAAGAUCGAUUAAUAUUUUGUAACGGCGCUUUAUUUUUGUUUGAUGCAGCUGUGAAAUUGCAAUACAAGCAAUAUUCACUAAAAAAAAAGUAAACUUUGGAGUACUAAAAUGGAUAAUAAAUGCUUGCUAUAACUUCAGCAGAACCAGAAUUUUGUACAAUAAGUGCUAAUAUGUUUAUGUUUAAGAGAGCCAUGAUCUUAAAGAUCUAAAAUAACUAUUUAGUGGUUUAUAUAUGUAUGAUUCUCUGUAAAAUUAGACACAC